GGCCAUAGAAGAGGAAGAGGAAGAGAAAGAAUUGUAGUAGAGUGUUGUUGCCAUGCCUUCGAAACGCUGUUAUUUUCACCCUGAUUGCAGGUCCUCUGUAUUCGGCCUUCCUAGGAAUGCUGGACUUAGGGAACAGUGGUUAACUUUUAUUUUUAAAACAGUUCCUGAAAAGUAUAACUCCUAUAUAGCGCUCUGUGCUGCACAUUUUACGGAUGACAGCUUCCUUAAUGUACGCGAGUUCAAUGCCGGAUUCGCACAAAAGCUUGUCAUGAAAGAUGGAGCAGUUCCCACUUUAAGAGGAGAAACUGUUGUUUAUGGGCCACAACCUGACAAUUCUGGAAAAAAUGGGCUCGCUGGGAAAAGUGACACUGUUGCAAGACCCCCCAAAACAUGGGACAGUUUAAAAGAUUCCAAGUGUCCAGAGUCAUGUGACGGUGUGAGUGGGAAACCCACUGCUGCAGUGUGCUUUAGUUUGUUUCCAACACAUGCUCAAACAUCUGCAACAUAUGAUCUUCGGCAUACUGCUGCGGGUCCCAAGAGAAUUACUACAAAUGUCCUGGAAGAUAUUACAGCCAGUUGUGACGAAGAUCUUGAUAUAUGUGACCUGGACAGUGUGGCCAGCAGUGUGGACAGCGCAGCAGAGGAGAUGUUUAUUGAUGGUCUUGACCCUGUUCUAGAUGGGCCUUCACAUGACAUUUACUCACCAGAGGAGGAUUGCGAUUCAGAUUUUUUACUUCUUGUGCCAUGCCAUAGGCCUUCACAUAACAUUUACUCACCAGAGGAGGACUGUGAUUCAGUGGCCAGCCCACAGCAUAGAAAGAGAUCACGUCUGUCUUACACAUGUUCUACUACUGGAAGAGAUGUCAGGGAAGAUGAAAACGAUGGUUCAUCUGGAACAUCAAAUGAAAAGUGGCAUAGCUCAGAUGAUGCAGAUAUUAAGCCACCCCAUCUAGACUUCACACCUGUCCAAGAACCUGGGCCACAGAUUUUACCAAAUAGGUGCACUAGUCCUCUGCAAUUUUUUCAACUGCUGUUUCCAAAAAAAAUGUGGCAGACCAUUGUAGUCCACACUAAUGACUAUGGAGCAAAGUGCCAUGAGAAAAAGGGCAAAGUGUGGGACUACAUUUGUCAAAAAGACUUGAAGUCAUACAUAGCACUGGUAAUUUACAUGAGUAUGUUUAGGUGCUCUUCAUUGACAGACUAUUGGAGUGUGUCUGAGCACUUCAGUCUGUCCUUUCCAGCAAAACUCAUGUCUUACAAGAAAUUUCUGUCAAUCUCCAAAGCCCUUCAUCUAAGUGAUAGCAAGGAGGAUGAGAAGAACAGCUUUAGGAAGGGAACGGCAGCCUAUGAACGGUUAGGUAAAAUUCAACCUCUGUAUCAAGUCAUUAGGGAGGCCUGCAAGACCUUUUUUCAUCCUUUUCAGAACAUCACCAUCGUUGAAAGAAUGGUCACAUCGCAGGAGAAAACUGUACUGAAGCGCUGUGUGAAAAACAAAUCCCCAAAUAUGGGGUACAAACUCUUUGCUCUGACAGACUGCACCUGUGGCUAUACGUGGGACUUCUUUAUUUACGAGGGCAAGUCAUGUGCGUCACAGAAUGUGGGCCUCAGCUAUGAGUCUGUUAUGGCAUUGGUGGAUGAAAAUACGUUGGGCUCUGGGUACAAACUGUUUGUGGACAAAUUUUACACCAGCCCCACACUCUUCAGAGACCUCUUGUAUAAAAAGAUCUGGGCUUGUGGCCCCAUUUGGACAAACAGGACAGGUUUCCCAAAAACAGUUGUGAACAGAUUGUCGAAGAACGCUCCACGCGGCACCAUGCGCUGGAUCAGGGAUGACAGUCUUCUGUUUGUUGAGUGGAAAGACUCACAGGAAGUGCAGAUGUGCUCCACCUUCCAUAAAGCCUUUGAAGGUGAUACUGUGCAGAGAAAGGUGAAAAGCGAUACACAUCGGACCAUUGUGGAGGUUCCCAUUCCAGCUGUGGUGCUGGACUACAACAGGAACAUGGAAGUAGUUGAUUUGUCGGAUCGCAUUACUGGACAUUACCGAGCUCUGCUCAAACCGCGAAAGUGGUAUCAAUGUGUGUUUUACCACUUUUUGGACAUCAUUGUAGAGAACGCAUUCAUCAUGCAGGAACUAAUGGCCAAGGGAAAGAACAAGAAGCCUUUGACCAGAAAGGCAUUCUUGGAGAUGCUUAUUUUAGAGCUUACAGAAUUGUGUCCUCAAGACUAAGCUCCGGUUCCCUCAGUUCGCUCUUUUAGAUCCUCCUCGGCAGUUCCUUCUGUGUUCCACAAGGCAAAGCAUAUAACAGCGGACAGCGCUGGCAGGCUCUGCAGCCAGAAAACACUAGCCACGUGUGAGACUUAUGACCUGAUGUGCUUCUGAUUUAUGGCUUCAGUAUGUAACAGUGUCACCAUGGUGCAUUCAUUCAAAAAAACAUCAGAAUAUGUAAAUUAAAUAUAAUUUACAUUGUAAAGUGGAAUAAAUGGUUUUGAAUGGAAUUAAA